AUGGCAUUAACGGCUCAAAACAGCAUCCUGAUGCACGGCAAAUCGGAACACGCUGACGACGCAUCACGAGAGGACACCAGGCAACGAGAGGUUGCUACCAGGCAAACGGGAAUGCAGACCGAGUCCCUUGUCAAUGAGCAUUCGACACAAAACAAGGUUAUUGAAGAUCUUAAGAAGAAGUUAGUCAAACAUGAAGAACAGGAACUCAAAUUCGAGAGGUUCUGGCCGGGAAUAGAAUUCCUAGACCGGUACGCUGUCGGACUUCCUGACAGCGAGGAGAAUGGUGACGGCGGUGAGCUGUGGAUGAAAGUCCUCGUUUACCUCGACGGACGAGUUCAAGAACUGGAGGAGGAGAACCAGAUCUUGAAGAAGCGAGAGGAACGCGUUAGACAUCUGCAGGUCGGACCUCACUGGAGUCGCGAUACGCUUGAUGGCUCCUCUGUGCUAGAGGACGAUUGUGUGCAAGAUUGA